AUUCACUCGUCUUCUCUGGUAGGAUUUGCCUUGGUCCGCUCACAAAAAUGUAUUUCAACGGCAGAUAAUCAUUCGAUACGUGCUGAGUGUUUCUCCCACGAUGGGUUGGAUGCCCUGAUGUGCUGGUGUCUCCUGGGUGCGAGCCGCGGCUGUGGAGCAACAUGCCGGAACAGAGCAACGACUACCGGGUGGCCGUGUUCGGGGCAGGUGGCGUAGGCAAGAGCUCGCUGGUCUUGAGGUUUGUGAAAGGCACGUUCCGCGAGAGCUACAUCCCCACGGUGGAGGACACCUACCGGCAGGUGAUCAGCUGUGACAAGAGCAUCUGCACGCUGCAGAUCACGGACACCACGGGCAGCCACCAGUUCCCGGCCAUGCAGCGCCUGUCCAUCUCCAAGGGCCACGCCUUCAUCCUGGUCUACUCCAUCACCAGCCGGCAGUCGCUGGAAGAGCUCAAGCCCAUCUACGAGCAAAUCUGCGAGAUCAAAGGGGACGUGGACAGCAUCCCCAUCAUGCUGGUGGGCAACAAGUGUGACGAGAGCCCCAGCCGCGAGGUGGAGAGCGGCGAGGCCGAGGCCCUGGCCCGCAGGUGGAAGUGCGCCUUCAUGGAGACCUCGGCCAAGCUCAACCACAACGUGAAGGAGCUCUUCCAGGAGCUGCUCAACCUGGAGAAGCGCAGGACCGUGAGCCUCCAGAUCGACGGCAAGAAGAGCAAGCAGCAGAAGAGGAAGGAAAAACUCAAGGGCAAAUGCGUGCUCAUGUGAGGCCCUGCGGAGCGGGGGGCGGGGCCUGGCCCCGCCCCGCCCCCGUCCCCUCCCACGUGACCCCCCCGUCGUCAGGGCAGCAUGUACGA